CACCGAGGGGGAGGGGAGGCCGGAUGUGAGUGGAGCGGCCAUUUCCUGUUUCUCUGCAGUUUUCCUCAGCUUUGGGUGGUGGCUGCUGCUGUGCUUCGCCUUCCAAGUCCACUGAGGGCCAGGCGGCGUGGACAGCGGUCCCGGCACUCGGCGCCCCGCCGCCCGCAGCCUUGCACACGCCCGCCCCGCGCUUCCCGAGCCCGCCGCUUCCCGCCUCAGUGACCGGCCGCCGCCGCUGCGGCCCACGGAGCGGCCCAGAUGCAGGCCAUCAAGUGUGUGGUGGUGGGAGACGGAGCUGUUGGUAAAACCUGCCUGCUGAUCAGUUACACGACCAAUGCCUUUCCUGGAGAGUACAUCCCCACCGUCUUUGACAACUAUUCUGCCAAUGUUAUGGUAGAUGGAAAGCCAGUGAAUCUGGGCUUAUGGGACACAGCUGGACAAGAAGAUUAUGACAGAUUGCGUCCCCUCUCCUAUCCGCAAACAGUUGGAGACACAAGUGGUAAAGAUAGAACCUCCAGGGGCAGAGACAAGCCGAUUGCCGACGUGUUCUUAAUUUGCUUUUCCCUUGUGAGUCCUGCAUCAUUUGAAAAUGUCCGUGCAAAGUGGUAUCCUGAAGUGCGACACCACUGUCCCAACACUCCCAUCAUCCUAGUGGGGACGAAGCUUGAUCUUAGGGAUGAUAAGGACACGAUUGAGAAGCUGAAGGAGAAGAAACUGACCCCCAUCACCUACCCGCAGGGGCUCGCCAUGGCGAAGGAGAUUGGUGCUGUCAAAUACCUGGAGUGCUCAGCGCUCACACAGCGAGGCCUCAAGACAGUGUUUGAUGAAGCUAUCCGAGCGGUUCUCUGUCCACCUCCUGUCAAGAAGAGGAAGAGAAAAUGCCUGUUGUUGUAAAUGUCUGAGCCCCUCAUUCUUGGUCCUGUCCCUGGAACCUUUGUACGCUUUGCUCAAAAAACAGUGGAGCCUUCGCAUUUGAUGCCAAGUUUUUGUUACAGAUUCAUUUUUCCAUAAAACCAUUUUGAACCAAUGAACCAGUCGAUAAUUUUAAGGUUCUGUUUUAAAUGUAAGAAUUCCAACUUACGGUCUAUUAAAAUUCAGCCCUAAAUGACAA